UAUUAAUGUUCUGACGUUAGUACUGUCGCAUAUUACUUGACAGUGUGUAAACAAGUUUGUGGUAAGUUCAAACUGACAAAGAAAGCACUUCCUCAUAUUUACUUAGUCUGCUAUUUUCCUGUAUGCUACAGCCACAGGCACAAGGAUGAAUGAAUCCGAAAGGAAGAAGCUAAUAGAAUGGAAAAUAAAUGAAGGAAGGCAACUGUAUACUACACAUAACUGGUGAAGAGACAUUCUAAGGGUAUUAAUAGGACUAAAAGGAUAUGGAUGAAGUUUCUAGACUAUGUUACCUGAUCUAACACAGAUUAUUUCCCCUAUUGUAUAUAUCCUGAAAAGCUUAUUACAAUCACACAACGAAGAACUAAGUCAAUUUCAGCAACCCUUUUAAGCUGUUUAUCAUUCUUUGUGGGAUUAAUUAAUGAAUAAAAAAAGUUGCUACAGCAAAAUGGAAAACAUUACACACUGUGAAAAUGAAUCUGUACAAUUUCAGUUGCUUCUUUAUGCUGUGACAUACCUGAUUAUAUUUAUACCAGGUCUUCUAGCCAACAGCAUUGCACUUUGGGCUUUGUGUGGUUAUAUCAGGAAAAGAAGUAAAUCGGUGAUCUUCAUGAUUAAUCUUGCCUUUGCUGAUUUUGCACAUGUGUUGUCACUACCUCUCCGAAUAUUUUAUUAUAUCAAUCAUACAUGGCCUUUUGGACAUUCCAUGUGUAUGCUAUGUUUCUACCUAAAAUAUCUGAAUAUGUAUGCAAGUAUUGUAUUCCUUAUGUGCAUAAGCAUUCAGCGCUGUGUGUUUCUUAAGUAUCCUUUCCAAGCAAAAACAUGGAAGAGAAGGUAUGACAUCAUUAUAUGUGCCUUUAUUUGGAUUAUUGUUGGUCUUUGCUGCUUACCGUUUCUAUUUAUGAGGAAUGAUGGGCCUGCCCCUCCCAACAGCAGUUUAUGCUUUGCAGAUCUUCCUACUAAACAAAUCAAUUUGGGCUCUUCUGUUGCUAUGCUAACAAUAGCUGAAUUAGCAGGAUUUGUGAUUCCCAGUUGUAUAAUUUUUACAUGUGCAUGGAAAACAUUGGAAACUCUCCUGUUGAAAAAUAAAGUUUUUGCAGGUGAUGCUGAAAAGAAGAGGGCUCUAAGAAUGGUUAUAAUGUGUGCUUUGGUUUUCCUUUUCUGCUUUACACCAUAUCACAUAAACUUUCCUUUCUAUCUAAUGACGAAACUUAACAUGAUCAUGAGCUGUCCUCACCGUAAAGUAAUUCUUACAUUUCAUCCCAUAUCAUUAUGUCUUGCAAGUCUGAAUUGUUGCUUGGAUCCUAUAUUAUACUACUUUAUGACAGCAGAAUUCAGAGAACAGCUAUCAAGACAUGGAAGUGUUCUUACACGUGGCCGACUCAUGAGCAGAGAAAGUGGAUCCUCCAUUAAAGACUAGACAAAAAAGACAUCACGUUUGUCAAAAACUGCAAUAGUAAAAUGCAAGAUUGUAUUACAACUGCAUUCUGUGGCAUUACUGCAACAUCAGAUCCUGUACAAGAUUUCAAAAGUUUUCUUUGAAAUCAUCUCUAGUGAAUGAACCUGGCACACCUUGAACCUGAUAUGAUGUGUUGCACAGAGUAUGCCUUUGAAGAAAAAUAAAAUCCUUACAGGAUUUUCUGUGCCUUAUUGUAAGGCAUAUUCUAGCUUAGCAGCUUAGCAACAUCAACUAUUUCCUAAAUUCAGUCUGAAUAUUGGAAGUACAAACACCAACAAUGCAUCGCCAUUUCUUAGCAAAACGUGGAUAACACUGGGAUGUCACAUAAAUGACUACACAAUUUGUUUUGUGAGUUCAGAAAAUGUCUACUGACUUUUUAGGAUCAUGCCAAAGAGGGAUGGUUCACUUGUGUUUGACAAACUUGUUUUGCAUUGGGUUACUGUGGAAAGAGAAAAUGUUGACUUUCAGUUUAAAAGCAACAAGAAUGAAAAUAUCUACUGGAUUAAUCCGGUCUGAAUGCAUUUAUUCAGUUAAGACUGUUUAUGCGGGUUGAUAAACAUAUUAUUGAGGACUGGUGUUUCCUCAUCCUGUUCACUUUUCCAGCCAAAGCCAAAUACGUCUUACUAAGGAACAGCAGCCACUGAGAACAUAUUUAUACCUGGAAAAUUCAUCUGUGGAAAUUAUUUAAAGAUACGGUUCUUAUUCUACUUCAAUACUUUAAUAAUUCAGAGUAUUUUAGCUCAUUACAACAAAAACAAAAAAUAAACUGUAAACACUGAAUGGUCUCUCUGUGUUCCAGUAAAAUAAUAUCCAAUAUAGUAAAGCACACAAAUAUAAUUCAGUCGUGUGAAUUCUGUUAAAAAAUAUUUAUUCAAAGUGGGAAAUGUGGCUAUUAAAAGUUCAGUUACUAUUAAAUUCAAAUACAAGCCAAAGAAUGUAUUAUAGGAAUUACUCAAAAUUUUUAUAAAGUGUGUGUCAUCAUUUGCUUUUAUAAUUUUCUCAUCUUUGGAAUCAUGUACAAAAUUAUUGCUUCCAUGUAAAAAUGUAAAACAACUAGAACACAAAAGUGCUUAUAGUAGCCUUAUUCAUGUGACCCUCUAUUUGUCUGAAGUUAUAUAAAGUAUUUAUUAUUUUUUUGUUAUGCUUAAAGUAGUACAACAUUAGCCUUCGUAAGAUGCUGGAAUUUUUUAAAAAAUUCCACUAGUGACACUACAAAUCUAUGUUUGUAGUUAUGCUGAACAAGCAGAUAAAGACAUAGUCAGAAGAGUUGUUGUCUCACUGAAUUGAGUGUGUUUCCAUUUUAGUAAAUGAGCAGAGGACUGCUGCGAUAACGCAUAAGGAUGGAAUAAGUGGAAAGGAGAUGAAGUCUGGUUCCUGGCCCUCGUGCCAAAUGCCUGUCCAAGUGUGUUUAUAUAAGAAUAGUUCCAUUUUGGAAAAUACCAUCCUAUUCACAUAAAGGAAAAAAUCCUAGCUAGAUUAUAUAUAAUUCCUACGAAACAGCUAUUAUCAAAUUCUUCAUGCUUUUGGACAGUUUUGAUCGACCUUUUUCCAACAGCUAUCACCUUUGAAAGAAUUAACACAUAUCUAUAUGGCUGAGAUGGGGUCUUUGAUUACAGUAUUAAGCAGUUCUCUAAGAGUAGUGUCCCUGACAGAUAGUAUUAGCUUUAACUAUGUACUCAGAUAUUGCUUGUCUCAUGUAGAGUUAUAUAUAACUUUCCCAUUUUAUGUUAUAACUUCAGAAGAGUGCAGGCAUAUACAUGACAAGUGGUUUUAAAUUACAGGAUACUCGAUCCCUUAAUCAAUAACAGUAAAAUGAAUCGAUGUCCUGAUGUAAACAAAUAAAUAAAAGCCUUCUAGUUGGUACUAACAUGAUACUUCCUUUAUCUAUAGUAAAUUUUGUACCUUUGCACAUAGAAAGGCAUGAUGGCAUCCCAAGUCAGGUCAUUGCCAAUUUAAAAAGAACAGAAGAGUAUAUCUGUUUAUUAAUGAUCAAAUAUCAAGAGUACAGUUAGAAAAGGAAAGUAGUUAAUCACUGCCCUGUUAAAAGGCUGACUAUAGGUACAGUGCACGCAUCUAACAUUUUUCUUAAAUAAAAAUGCACAGGAUACCUGGAUGCUCUAUGAAUAAUGUUGCCUUACUACAUACGACAUUACUAGUGAGGGACCAAGAAUCAAAAUUCUUGAAACAGAAUAAUUUGGACAAUAUGCACUAAAUGAAAAUGAGAUGAACCUUAACUGCCAAAUUAAUUUUCAAAAGAUUCUUUGAAGUCCAAACCCUAAGAGCUGUCAUUCAUCUUUUUUUAUGGGCACAGCUUAGACUGGUUUUAUAAGAGUAUUUUUAUGAUCUAUUAAAUUUAGCUGCAAGUUACAUCAGCCAAACAUGCUUAAAUGAAAACAUUUUAUUGGAUUUAUUAUAUUAAGUUUUACAGUAUAUAAAAUGCUCUUAAUUUCUUGUUUAAAUGUGUUUUCUGAAUUAAAUAUAAGCCUGGAAUACUGAAUUUAUAGUAUUUGGUAAAUGUGAACUCUUGUCUCUGAACACAUUUGUAUCAAGCCAGUGUUUUAAAUAUCAGUGAAUGUCUCUACCAACAUGAAUUAUAUGCUACAAGUGUUUUUGUUUUUUCAGUGUUUAACAUUUUGGUUUUGUUCUCCUUGCCAAUGCCAUGCUGUAAAGUGUGUUUAUGUCUAUAGUCUUCAAUUAAAGAUAAAGAAUGUUAAAGAGGGCAGCAAUUUGCAAA